GCGGCUCGGGCAGCGGCUGGCCGAGCCGUUACCAGUCCGUGGAGCCAGGCAAUCGUCUGCGUCUUGCCAUGGUUCUAAGGAAUAAAUUAAGUUGCUUUUGGAUUUUAGGUUUCUGCUUGGUAGCCAGUAAAUCGCCUCCCACUGUCCCUUCCAUAAACGACCGGAGUUUCAUAGACGACUGUCUCGCUGCUCACAAUGAAAUACGUGGCAACGUCGAGCCCCCCGCGGCCGACAUGAAACACAUGACUUGGGAUGAAGCUUUAGCAAAGACUGCAAAAGCAUGGGCAAACCAGUGCACAUUCGGUCAUAACCCCUGUACAUCAAAACCAUAUCAGUGUCACCCAACUUUUAAAUAUUCAGGAGAAAAUAUCUGGUUAGGUGGAUCAAUCAAAUUUACACCAGUGUCUGCCAUUGGUGCUUGGUACAAUGAAAUCCAAUUUUAUAAUUAUAGUAGUCUACUUUGUUCCAAAGUUUGUGGCCAUUAUACUCAGGUAGUUUGGGCCAAUUCAUAUAAAGUUGGUUGUGCAAUUACAGUUUGUCCUAAACUUGGGAGAGCUGAAACUGCAAUAUUUAUAUGUAACUAUGGACCUGAGGGAAAUUACCUAAAGAUGCGCCCUUACACUAAAGGAGAAUCCUGCUCUAUGUGCGAAAAAGAAGACACCUGCAGAAACAACCUCUGCGAAAAUAAAGAACUUGAUGCAAUUAAAAAAUAUCCAAAUUGGAAUCCAAACGGGAAAGCACCACAGCAGACAGCAUGUAAUUUAUUGUGCCUAGUUUAUGCUCUUCUGAGAAUGUUUUAA